AUGGUGGCAGUUGUGUCCCGUGUAAAGAAACAAGCAAUCCGAUAGAAAGAACAGCAAUGUUAAGUAAUUCCAAUUUUCAUGAGUUGUUAUUUUCUUUCAGCAUUUAAUCUUCACUCGGAAUUUAUACAUUUCACACAAUUAAUCCAAUAAAAUUUCCCAAAAUCCCACAUCAGAAAUUCUUUUUGGUGACAACUUUCCAGAAUUUGUACAUUUUAUCCUAUCUGUAACCACGUCAAAACCAUCCCAUAAGAUAGAAACAAAAGAGAAGUGUGAUCGGGAGAAUAAAAAUCUACAAAUGGGAACAAUUCUGGAAGUUACCAUAGCUUCGUCUCUCUCUCUGAACCGCACCGGAGAAAUGCACUUAUCUCCGUCCGUCGUCCGUCGUAUCCUCGUCCGGACGCUGGCGUUGGUGUGCUCGGCAUUCUCAGAAUGGGUGUGGACUGUGGAGUUGCUCAGAGAAGGGGAAUAGAACGAGGGGGAUUAUUACUCAGGGAAGGGGAAGAACGAAUGGAGUUGAUUCGGGAGAGUUGGCGUGUUCGAUUUUGAUUGGCGGUCGCCGCAGAUGCGUCCUCGAGCUAUUACACCCUUGCGCGUGGGCUACAAGCCCAUCUAAAACGCGUUGCAGUGGGAACGUACGCUGUGCAGACGAAUCAAACGUCAAGAAUUAACGCAUCCCAUUCACAUGACAAAUCUUAACCGAGUUCUGUUCUGUUUGUAUCUACCCCCAGUCUUGGAUCGGUAGACCCAAACAUCCAAUAAACAGUCUACGAUUCCUUUGCCACUGUUGUUGCUUAAUGGCUGUAAUCAGAAGAACCAACAUCUGCGCCGGUGGCAGCCGCACCGACGGUGCAAUACCUUUGUUUCUCAUCUUCUCCUGUUUCUGUGCUGCUGCUGCUGCUGCAGUAACAGACACUCUCGCACAGAACCAGUUGCUCAGGGACUGGGAGCAAUUGAUAUCCGCAAAUGGAACUUUCAGGUUGGGGUUCUUUAGCCCGGGCUCUUCCUCCAAUCGCUACCUGGGCAUUUCCUACUAUCAAGCACAGAACCUAACCGUGGUCUGGGUUGCCAACCGACGCAUCCCCAUCACGGAUUCUUCCGGAUCUCUUACGAUUUCCUCCGAUGGAAGCUUGGAAAUCAUACACAGUGGACAGAGUAGUCCUAUCAUGUUAAGUUCCAAUGCGACCGCCACCAAGGGUAGUAAUCUCACGGCUACGUUGCUCGACUCUGGGAAUUUUGUGUUCAGAGAGCUCGAUUCUAAUGGAACCGUGCUGCAGGUCCUGUGGCAGAGCUUCGAUUACCCCACCGACACGCUCCUCCCCGGGAUGAAGCUGGGUUUCAACUCCGACACCGGCCUUAACUGGUCUCUUACUUCUUGGCUGAGCACGGACGACCCCUCUCCCGGCGCUUUCUCUCUGGGCGGGGAUCCCACGGGCACAACCCAAUUGAUGGCCUGGCGCCGAGGGAAUGUUUAUUGGAAGAGUGGGAUCUGGAAUAACCAAAGUUUCGAGAACGUUCCCGACUUGACAUCCGACGACGUCAGGUACAAUUACAGCUACAUCUCGAAUGAGAACGAGACCUACUUCACGUACUCCCUCAAGAACAGCUCUUCUCCUCCCUCGUUAUGGGUUCUGAUUUGGCUGGGCGGCUUCGAUCAAUACAAGUUCUACGAAUCGGACGAUAAGUAUCUCAGCUUAAGAAUUCAGUGUCCACCUCAUAACUCCUCCGGCGACAAGGCUAAACUGAUGGGGUGUGUGAACCAGACGGUGGUCGAGUGCAGGAGCGGCGACGAUUUCGACCGGAAGAGGGGGUAUGUGAGCGGUACACCAUACCGAUACGUAGAAAAUACGAGUAUGGGACUGAUUGAUUGUGACGAGCUGUGUUGGAACAACUGCUCUUGUGUCGCUUAUGGCACAUUGUAUGACAACGCAACGGGAUGUCGGCUUUGGACCACGGACGCCGGUUUCCGGGAAGACAAUAAUUCCCCCGGCGACAUAUACAUUCUUCGAUCCUUCUUUGAUCAAAUUACUGCCAGAAUAAAUAGAAAGAAGAAGUGGUGGAUAUGGAUCACAAUAGCAGUAGUAGCUGGUGCCACAAUUCUUGUUUUAGGCCUCUUGUAUUGCUUGAGGAUGAGACUCAAGUCAAAAGCAGAAAAAGAAGAGAGCCAAGAGAUGAGUUUACUUAAGCUGGGAACUAAGCUAUCACCUUCUGAAGAAUUACUUAACUCAAAUUAUCUGGAAAAUGAUGGGACAAAUGAUCAUGAGUUGAAAAUUUUCAGUUUGGCGAGUAUUAGAGUGGCCACAGAUGAUUUCUCAUUAGCAAAUAAGCUUGGGCAGGGUGGAUUUGGACCUGUUUAUAAGGGCAAAUUACCAGAGGGUCAAGAGAUUGCAGUGAAAAGACUGUCAAGAUUGUCAGGUCAAGGAGUAGAGGAGUUCAAAAAUGAGCUUGGACUUAUAGCCAAACUCCAACACACAAAUCUUGUUAGGCUUUUGGGUUGCUGCAUUGAAGGAGAAGAAAAGAUGUUAAUCUAUGAAUACAUGCCCAAUAAAAGCUUGGACUCCUUCCUUUUUGAUCCUACUAAAAGGGAACUGCUGGAUUGGAAUAAAAGAUACCAUAUCAUUGAAGGAAUUGCUCAAGGACUUCUCUAUCUUCACAAGUACUCUAGACUGAGGGUAAUACACAGAGAUUUAAAAGCAAGUAACAUUUUAUUGGAUGAUGAAUUGAACCCUAAAAUAUCAGAUUUUGGCAUGGCCAGAAUUUUUGGAAGAAAUGAAUCUGAAGCAAAUACCAACAGGGUUGUUGGAACAUAUGGAUACAUGUCCCCUGAGUAUGCCAUGGAGGGAAUUUUCUCAGUUAAAUCUGAUGUCUAUAGCUUUGGGGUCUUAUUAAUAGAGAUUGUGAGUGGUAGAAAGAACACUGUUUACUAUGACUUUGACCCCCCACUCACUCUUCUUGCUUAUGCUUGGGAGCUGUGGAAAGCAGGAAGAGGGGAAGAGCUCAUAGACCCAAAAUUGGGCCCAUCAUAUCCCAUAGAUGAAGUACUGAGAUGCAUCCAUGUGAGUCUCUUGUGCGUUCAAGAAUGUGCAGUUGAUAGACCCACAAUGUCAGAUGUUGUUUCCAUGCUCAGCAAUGAAACCAUACACCCACCUGAGCCCAAGCAGCCUGCACGUUUAACUGGGAGGGCUGCAAUCGAGGUGGACUCACACAGAGGCGGGUCAGAGAGUUGUUGUUCCAUCAAUGAAGCAUCCAUUUCUGUGAUUCAAGGUCGAUAGACAAGAUUUCUCAUCUCUGAACCCUGGGAUUUACCCUAUGACUAUUUUGUUAAUUCAAUAGGGAUGUAUAUACAGAAUAUAGAGAGUACCUACAUGUCAAUUGACUGGUUUUGGGUUGGACCCGUCCAAAUCAAAAUCAUUUUGGACAAAUUAGAUGGACUAAUAAGAUAUAUUGAA